AUGGUUGCAUUGGCUGGCAUCCCGAUGGAUGCCGCUGCCAUCAUGUCAUCAGUGCUGGAAGGCAUUUUAUACGGAUUCUCAGUGCUCAUGUGUCUGGGUACCAUCUGGACAUUCACCUAUAAGCGACACGUGCAGGACGUCAAUCGGCCAAUCGCUGUGGUUGCCACCCUGCUGUUCGUGCUGAGCACUGCGCAUAUAGUCGUGGAUAUUAUUCAUCUCGAACAUGGACUGGUGAAGUAUCGGGACACGUUCCCCGGCGGACCAGUGGCGUUCUUUGCGGACGUCACUCAAGUUACAUUUGUAAUCAAGAAUGCGAUAUAUACCUUGCAAACUCUACUUGGCGACGGGGUGGUGAUUUAUCGAUGUUACGUGGUCUGGCAAUCUGCCUGGGUCAUUGCCAUACCGUGCAUGAUGUGGUGCGGCGUUGCAGCAUCUGGCGUUUGUUCGGUCUACUACUUUUCUCAAGCAUCGAUGGCCGAAGUUGAAAAUUUCUUCGCUGCCAAGAUUGGUCAUUGGGUCGCCGCUUUCCUUUCCUCCACACUUGCAACUAAUAUGUUGAGUACCGGGUUACUGGCAUAUCGCAUCUGGACGAUCGAGCGCAAGGUUUCUGCAGUCUGCACUAUGAAGCGGAAGGUACCUAUAUUGCGCGUGCUUAUAGAUGCUGCAGUUUUGUACUCUGCGGCACUUGGCUCCUCAAUAAUAUGUUUUGGCCUCUGGAACGAUGGACUCUAUGUGAUGGGAGACCUGAUCGUUCCGAUCAUCUCAAUUACUUUCUAUAUGAUAUUUAUCCGCGUCGCGACCAGUCAAAGCAAUCAACAUUACCCCUCGGCUGCCCAUAGAGAAACCACCGAGACAGAACGAAGAAAACUACAGCAACAUCCUUUGCAGCCGUUGAUACACAGGCCGAAUGAUUCCAAAUUUUCCUUGGGUGAUAGUAGUAGCUCGAAAGUAGAGACACAUCCAUUAACAUAGUCAUCCAACUACGUAUACUUUUAUACAG